AUGCCUCCUGGUGGUGUCACCAAUGGUCCCCGCAAGCGAUGUUUCCUCCUGCAGGGUCCGGUUUUAGGCUGCCGUUAUCUCUCUCUCAUCGGGUCCAGCCUUGCUGCUCCUACGCCCACCAUUGAAACCCGCCAGCUGGGCGGCGCGGGAACCAGCGAUGGCCUCGGUGCUUUGAGCUCGCUCAUUCCUGGCCUUGGCUCGGGGGCUAGCGGCUUUGGCGGACUAGGCAGCGGUAGUGGGUUCAGCCUUCCAAGUGGACUCCCUGGCCUCGGAGGUUCCGGCCUCGGAGGAUUUGGUGGAAUCAAGCGUCAGCUGGGUGGCUCGAUCCAGAAUGGAGUUACUGACAACAAUGGCUGCAAAGAGUUGACCCUGAUCUUUGCCCGUGGAACGGGCGAGCUGGGCAACAUGGGAACAGUCGUUGGACCACCCCUCGCAUCCAAGCUGGCCUCUUUGACCGAUAACCAGGUCACUGUCCAGGGUGUGAACUACGAUGCAUCUGCCGCGGGCGAUGCCACCUUGGGCGUUGACGGGUCCGCGGAUAUGGCGUCUCUCGUUAAGCAGGCACUCAAGCAGUGCCCUAAGACUAAGGUUGUUCUGGCUGGAUACUCCGAGGGUGCGAUGGUUGUCCACAAGGCGUCGAACCUUCUCUCUGCGGGCCAGGUCUCCGCUGCCGUUCUUUUCGGUGACCCAUUGAAGAUGCAGAGCGUCGACAAGCUCGACAGCAGCAAGGUGAAGGAGUUUUGCGCCCUUGGAGACCCUGUCUGUGAGAACGGUGCCAAUGUCAUGGCUCACCUUACUUACGGAGCUGAUACUCCCGCGGCUGCGCAGUUCCUAGUCCAAGCUGCUGGCCUGUCUAGCAGCUCUUAG